AUGGUGCUCCCCAAGUCACGAGCAAGUAGAAAUGCAUCUGAGUAUGCCAGGCAAAACGCGAAAAACGAAGGUUUCUCCAGUUAUAGCGUACGAACCAGAGCCUUCUUUGGUGCAUCGUUUUUCGCCCUUUUAUAUAUCCUACUAUUGAAUAUCUUCACAUAUGAAAGCGAUAAUCAUGCCAUUCCUUACCUGCGUCUAAAUCAUCGAACAAUAAGGUCCCUGGGUCAAAGAAUUAUGCUUACCACAUGCGGUCCACAAGUAAGACAACAUGCCCCAAAUCAAGGGUGCCAAAAAAAGAACAACAAACCAUUACCCGGUGAAACAGUGGAAGAUUAUUUAGAGAGAUCAUGCCGUCGUGUGGAACUUACAGAUGAAAUGAAGGAUAGACUAAAAUCGUGCCACCCCCAUAUAACAGAAGAAGACAUGUUCAAAUGGUAUUCAACUUUAUACAAUGAUCAUGUAUCAAUUUUUAAGGAUCUUAUUGAACGCUUAAAUGUGGCAACUCAUAUGUUAGCAGCCAAUUGUAAACAAGAUAAAUGUUUUCAAAAUAAAUGUCGGUCGCAUCUAUAUAAAAAACUUGGAAAGGAACUUAUAAAACUAUCAGAUAAGGAUGAUGAUGGUGGCUUUAAAAGAUUUUUAAAAGAAAGUAAGAUUUGCUCAACAAGUGAUUUCACCAAAUUUUUGGAAGAUUCCAUGAAUGCAUGGAACGACUUUAUCAAGGAACAUGAAGAAGUAGCCUACGCCGAAUUGAAAGAAGCUUUACAAAGUGGUACAUUGAAGAAAACAAAAGGAAAAAAUUGA